GAUUCGGAUCCGAAUCCGCACAAGGAUGACCAGAAGCUUCGAGAAAUGGCGGUGCGAAUCCCGCCCCAUCUCUCUACUUUCCCGCGCGCUUCUCGGUGCCCUAGCAAUGGCGAGGAGCUCGGCCACGCAGAGCAUCGCUAGCGACGCCGGCGGAGGGAGUUCUCGCCGGACUCCGUCGCCCUACACGACCUUGAGAGAGCGAGUGAGCUGCGAGCGCGAGAUCAAGCGCAGCAAGUUCAUUGCUAUCGCUUCACCCGUCCAUGACGAGCGUUCCGCUCAAUCCUUCCUCUUGGAGGUUCAGGAUCCCCGAGCAACUCAUAAUUGUUGGGCAUAUAAGCUUGGAGAUCAAUUUCGGUGUAAUGAUGAUGGUGAACCAUCAGGUACAGCUGGAAAACCAAUAUAUUCUGCCAUUGUUUCAUCAGGAAUUGAUAUGGUGAUGGUGGUUGUGAUCAGGUAUUUUGGUGGUAUUAAGCUGGGCACUGGAGGGCUAGUUAGGGCAUAUGGAGGAGUUGCGCUGGACUGUCUUAAAAGUGCAGAAACUCGUUUUGUAAAACCCAAAGCUCCAGUUGGUAUUGAAGUACCUUAUGAUUUGUUGGGAACUGUUUACCAUCAGCUGCAAUUGUUUCAAGCAGAGGACAUCAAACAAGACUAUGAUACCGGAAAAGAUGAUAUAACAAUGGUCACCUUCAGAUUGGAUUACGACAAGAUUGAUAGUCUGGAAAAUGCUAUCAAUUCUUCUUGUGGAAGAAAAUUUGAUUUCUAUAAACAGUAACCAGGAUAUAGGUGUUUAUUUCUUGUUCCCAUGAGAGAAACAAAUCAUAGAUCCAAUUGGGUUAUUUUCACCUUAGCCAAUCAAAUUUAUCUCCUCACAAGGCAAAGAAUAAUUUAUUUCCCACUAUAGUUAGUGGGUGUGUAUAGUUAUGGAAUCUGCCAAAAGAAAUACAACUAACUGAGCUUCUUGGGAUUGCGUGAGACUGGUUUGAGUUUUGACAAUUUACAGUCGCUGUCUGUGGCUUAUGAUUUCCUCUCUCUUCAGGUUGCAGUAAAUAAAUGCUUUAGAUUCCAAGUUAAUUUUCAAUUGUCAUCAAGGUCUCUAGUUUAAUUCAGUGGUUGCAUUUUAUCUUGUUUCUUUGACACUAAAGCCUUGAGUUCUAGUUCAUGAUCAGUUGGCAUUUGCACUGUAGCUUUUUGUGAUAUUAAAGAAGCUAAUAAUGGAAACAUGAUGAAAACA